CAUUUCCAUGAACCCGCGCAGAACCGCUUGCCACGUUUGGAUUCUGACCUACCUUACCGUAUUGCUUGAAGUAACCCCCUUCCCCAGCUCCCCCAGCCCUGUCGGGCUAUUUCCUCCUUCCAUCUUACCUUCUAGUCUAUCAAUGCCUGCUGCUCCGCCACACUCGAGAAACUCAAUUUUACUUCACAAGAAACUCAGUACCUAUCCAUCAUCGCCCUACCUACCUACUGUCACUAUCGUCUUUCGUCGCCCAUCUCAUAUCACAUCGACCCACCGUCUCAGCCCUACGACCUUGACGACACGCCAUCAUCGCAUCCGAACACCCUCCCUUACCACCCGACACCAAUUAUCUCAGCCGCACCAGCCACCCAUCAUGUCUGCGGAACCCAACAGCAAGUUUGCGCCUGAGCCUCAGAUCACGCAUAAAGGCCGCGAGUUGAGCUUCAAGCAGAAGCUGGACCAGGCAGCCCACGACGCCCGUAAAUCCGAAGAAGAGCCUAAGCAGAACCCUAUUGUCGAGAAAGUGACACAGUACAUUCCAGCCGCCGCCAAGAUCCUCGGAAACCCGCAGGAAGAAAAGGAGGAAAAGAUUUCGCGCCCUGGAAUUCCAGGACCGCCCGAACGGCCGUACGACGACGUCCAGGUGGAGGAGUUUAUCCGCCAGCAGCACCGUAGCAAGGGAGAAGACGGCAUUCUCCAAUGAAGUUUUGGCGAAACAGGAGCGCGACCAAGGAAAGAAGAACAACGCCAUUCAUUCCUAAACCCCCUAUACUGCAUCUCCUAGCAGACCAAAGGAAAACAAGCACCAGAGAGGCCUGGAUAACAAGUUUUUUUUUAUUGAAUUGGCGGCGUUUUUGCUUUGGUUAUUCUAACCAUCAUCGAUUUUAUGAGCCUUCACGACGAAAUGAAGCUGGCUUAAGUUUGCACUCACCUGCUUUUUUUCUCCCCUCCCACACCUACCCCUCGCAACGUCAUCCCAUAGCGCGAUUCUGUCAACGGGCUUGGCGCUGAUCAAAACGCGGGGAAACCAACUAGCAUCCAACCUCACAUCAUGAGCAACGACUCCAACACCCUCAUCAUCCUCUCAAAACACGCAUUCGCCAAAAGGGAAAGGAAGCAGGGUGCGCGUAUGAGAGAGGGGG